UUUUUGUGCUUGGAGAGUGCCCUUCCUGCCUUGGCCCCUCCCUUUUCAAAAAUGAAGGGGUGCACCUGGGUAUUUGUGGCAACUUUACUUUGUCAGCAGUUUUGCCUCUUCAGAGUUACAGCAGCAAAGAGAGAGAGAAAGAUGAAGAAGGAGCCUAGUCAGUACACAGAGCCUUUCAAUGCCACCCUCUCAAACAGUGAAGAACUGCACGGGCAUCCCAAGAUCCUGGAAUCUCCAGAUCCUCGGAUCACAGAUCCACGGCGAACCUGGAUCUCCUUUGUUCACCGCCCAGAUGAUGGCAACACCUCCAAGAGGAGAUGCAAGGGGAAAGACAAGAAAUUACGUGGCCUUGUUGGGCCUCCAGGACCUCCAGGCCCCCAGGGACCUCCAGGAGCACCUGGUGCUGAAGUCACCCGGGAAGUCCUUCUGCAGGAGUUUAAGGAGAUAUUGAAAGAAGCCAUUGAGCGUCGAGCAUCCCUGGCUAUUUCAGCUCAUCCUAGCCAGCUGCCUCCACUCCUGCUCUCCUUGGAGGAAGUUUCACCCCACAGACGUGUGGAGGAGGCAUUCCACUGCAAGCUGAAAGGACAAGUCACUGUAGAUAAGAAGACCUUGGUAGAACUUCAGAACUUCCAGUCGCCUCUGGCCAGAGGAGCUUUUCUCCGGGGGACAGGAUUAAAUCUGGCAACAGGACGUUUCACAGCACCUGUGUCUGGCAUCUACCAGUUUUCAGCCAAUGUCCACAUUGACCACAGUGAGUUGAAGAGUAAAGUCCAGCUCCGAGCCAGAGACAACGUCCGUGUCUUGAUCUGCAUCGAGUCCCUGUGCCACCGAUACACGUCUUUGGAAGUCAUUGCUGGGCUGGAAAGUAACAGCAAGAUCUUCACUGUCUAUGUGCAUGGCUUGCUGCAGCUGCAGGCUGGCCAGUACACCUCCAUAUUUGUGGACAACAGUGCUGGAGCCCCCAUCACCAUCCAGAAUGGAUCAGACUUCAUGGGCAUGUUGAUGGGCUCGUAAUGUCACCUGCAGUGUGUGGCAGGGAGGGGAACCUGCCUUGCUCUGUAUAUUUGACUGAAGAAACCUCUUUUAUUGACUCCUGAAGGCUGCUUCCUGCAACUGUUGGCAUCUUUUUAAACAAGCAGAGGGCCUUUCCUUUCACAGAUCCUUCAGCUUGCUUUCAGAAGCUGCUGCUUUUCAAGGUCCACGCCAGUUCAUUCCUCAUCUAAAAAACCAAAAGCAAAUGUACUUUCCUAAUUCAGAAACAAACUCUGUAAUAUUUAAUUUCUGCUUCACCAGAUGCUCACUGAAACAAUACACUGAGAUUUGGAAUUUGUUACCUUAUGACUUUAUUUCACAAUAGCACUUGUAAUCAGCAUGUCUUUUGGGAUUGAUUGUGGGGUGUUUGAGUUUGUAAAUGAAGGACUGAGAGGGGAAGUAAAACAGUGACUAUAAUCUAUGUGUUGUGGAGGAAGCAGACAAGGAUUUGCCAGCAAAACUGCUCUUUUUCAUACAAUUGUAAAUGGUACAGGCCCUCUCUGUGUUCAGAACUGGGUAUAUUUGAGAAGAAGUGUAUUGAAUUCUCAGUGGUUAAGUAUUUCCUUGGUCUUAAUGAUGAAGCUGAAUUCCUGGCUGCCUGUGCAGGCUGGGUUCUGUGAACAGGUAAGGCCAAUGGCACCAGUUCUAGUAUCAACUCCCUCACUUGUGUUCUUAUGUUUUAAUAAGACAAACAUGUGGGUUUGGAGUGAGCCACAUAAACAGCAGCCUCUCAGCUGCCACCUAGUCAUUUGUCAGUGUGACAAAUGACAACACUGGUUAUCAGAAGCCUGGCAGAGACAGGAGCAGCCUCAGCUCAGAUAUGUCACCUCUUUGGUGCUGGUUGGACUGCAGUGAAAUCCUGAAAGGAAAAAGGAGGCAGAGCUGACUUCAUCAGGGGGCCAAGGUCACAGGGAGCCUGGCUGAGCUCUGCUAGGAGGCUGAAGGUGCUGUCAAAGACUGCCCAAAAAACCAUCCAGCAAACUUUUUCUGCAUUUCUGCAGAUGUUUGCAAAUGUAGGCAUGUGAGAUUGAGCCCCCCAGAGCAGCUUUGCAUAUAGCUCCAGGGUGUAAAUGAAUUUGAACCAAAGUAAAAAGGGUGUUGACAUCUUGUGGGGUUAAGGUGGUACCCAAGAUGUGGUCAGAUCUUGGUGAUUAAUAAAAAAACCCCACUUGUUUCAUGUAGCUCUGCAGCUUUCCCUUUCAACAGCCACCUGGCCCUUUGAUUGAUUCCAGCUGGCUGAGGAAAUGGUUGUAGAGCAGUGCCAGAAACAGAGGGUAGCAAGGCCCAAAAUGGAGUCCCCAUCCUUCUUCCAGGAUAUUCACAGGGAAUGGAAAGAGAUUCCUUGCAGAGUGUUGCAAUUUUUGAUCAACUACAAUGUCAAUCUAACAACAAAGGCUGGGACAGAGAACAACAAAGGGACAGAGAAGGCAUGGGGGAAAAAAAAAAGUCACCUGUUGCUGGUCUGUAGUUCAGGCUGAUCAAUAUCUGAUGUGUCCACAAGCUCCAGCAACACUGCUGCUGAGGCUGGUGGGAUGUAAAGAUGACUUGUUUCAAGAGCUGUGGAAUAAUCUGCUGUAAAGCUGGGAUGGCUCAAACUGGCUUUAUCCCCCCCCAUUGCAAACACCUUGAGACAGAUCUUUAAGGGGAGAUUAAAUGGUGGGGUUUGGGUUGGUUGUUUUUUUUUUCCUUUGUGAAGAAUAUAUGAAAGUGAUACACACUGGAGGAGGAAGGAGGGGCUCCAAGGGGUAAUCAAAAAGUGCUGUUGCACAAAUAAACACAGGUAAAUUCCACUUUCUAAUCAGUGGAAUGCAGUUUUUCUGUGACUGUCUAAAAUACAGCAGCUCUCCAUGUUCAUGUAUUCUUUCUCCACAAUGCAUGCCAGAGUUCCCACAGGUUUUUUGUAAGACUCUUGGGGGAGAAUGUCCUUUUCAGCACAAACUGGGUGCUCUGCUGGCAGAGAGGAGUCCACAGCUACUGAAAGGCACAGCAGGUAGCACCAGGAGCAAGUUUUGGAGCUCCAGAAAGCACAUCACCCACAGGGAUAUCACUGUCAAAAAGAUGGGCUGUUUACACUGGGUUUUGAUGGCAUAAGUGUAGGCAGGGCAAGUGGUCUGUAUCCCAGCAUUUAUUGCUAUCCUGUACUUUGUACUGUGUGAAUAUUUGUAAUAAAUUGGGCUGUUUCA